AUCGAGGAUGGAUCGGCUAAGCGGUCACAAACUAUUCAGGAAAACAGGCAAUGUGGUGCCCAGUGAAAUGGCCUUAGAGGAUAAGAAGAUCAUCUUGUACUUCUUUUCGGCUCGUUGGUGUCCUCCUUGCCGGGCAUUUCUUCCCAUUCUCGUCGAUUUCUACUCAGAAUUGGUGAAAGAAGAGGAGCCUAUUGAAAUCAUUUUUGUGAGCGGAGAUGACAACCAAGAUGAGAUGAAGACGUACAUGAAGGAACAUCAUGGGGAUUGGUUGGCCAUCCAACAAGGCACUGCCUUAGCUAGCGACCUGAAGAAACAGUACAAAGUGACGGGGAUGCCGUCAGUGAUCGUGGUAACCAAAGAUGGCCAACUUAUCAGUCGCAGUGGGCGAUCGGAAAUCACAGACAACGGAGUGAAGAUCUUUCAGAACUGGCUCACUGCUGCCAAAGCAUCCUAAUCCAUAACUGUGAUUGACGUUACCUGGAAUGCUCAAUUAAAUGCCAUUUCAUUGAUGAAUCAACUCAAAUCG